AUGGCGAAACCAACAGAAGAAGAAAUUGCCAAAUUAAGAGAAUUAAAAAAACAAGAAAUAAUACCAGAAGGUCUUAGUAAAAAUGAAUGGAAAAGACAACAAAAGGCCAAAAAGAAAGAAGAAUUAAAAAUACAAAAUAAAGAAUUACUCAAAGAAAAGAAGAAAGAACAACGUAAACGAAAAAGACAAAGAAUUUUAGAAGAUGAAGAAUAUAGAUUACUGUUAAAAAAGCCAACAAAUCAAAUUGAAUCGGGUGUUAAGAUAAUUAUUGAUUGUCAAUUUGAUUCAUAUAUGAGUGAAAAAGAAAUUAUAUCAUUACUGAAUCAAAUUAGAACAUGUUAUUCAGCUAUGAGACAUUGUAAAUAUAAUUUACCAAUUACGGUGACUUCCUUUAAUAAUAGAUUAAAAGAAAGAUAUGAGAAUAAAUUAUCAGAAUAUGUGAAUUGGCAAGGUAUAGAAUUCAAAUCUGAAUCAAUUGAAGAAUUAUUAGAAAAUAAGGAUAAUAAAGAUAAAAUGGUAUAUUUAACACCAGACACGGAAGAAGAUGUCAUGGAUAUAUUACCUGAUUAUACAUAUAUAAUAGGAGGCAUAAUUGAUAAAAAUAGACAUCCUAAAUUAUGUUUAAAUAAAGCUAAAGAACUCGGAAUAAAAGUUGGUAGAUUACCAAUUGGACAAUAUAUUAAUUUGAAUGGUAGGAAUGUAUUAGUAACAAAUCAUGUUUAUCAAUUACUAUGUAAAUUUAUAGAAUUAAGAGAUUGGGAAAAAUCAUUUAAUUUAAUUUUACCAUCAAGAAAAAUAAACAAUGAAGAGCUUGACUAAUAGAUUAAUACUCUUAUAUACUAAACAACAACUUAAAGUAAAACAACCAUCAAAUAAUGGUCUCCCGGUAGUUUCAUCAAUUCAUUCAUUACAUUCGUGUUUAGAUAUUUAUAAACAAUCAGAUUUAUUAAAUCUUGCAUUAGAUUCAAUUGAUUUAACGAAAAUAUAUAAUAUUGAAGAUAGUGAUACUUAUGAUAAUUAUGAUGAUUUAAUAGUUAAACAACUACUUAAGUACUUCAAAAAUGAUUUCUUUAAAUGGGUAAAUACUCCUGAAUGUGAUUGUGGUGGUGAUGUUGAAAGUUUAGGUUCUUCAACACCCCCACCCAAUAAGGAUCAAAUUUCAAUAAUUGAACAUUAUAAAUGUAUAAAGUGUGGAAAACAACUAGAAUUUCCUAGAAUUAAUAAUCCUGCAACUUUAUUAAUUACUAGAAAAGGUAGAUGUGGUGAAUUUGUAAAUUGUUUCUUAUUAAUUUUAUCAGCUUUAAUUGGUAUUGAUAGAGUUAGAUAUUUAUGGAAUUAUGAGGAUCAUGUAUGGUGUGAAUAUUAUUCAAGCAAUCUAAAAAAAUGGGUUCAUUUAGAUCCUUGUGAAGGUGCAUUUGAUGAACCUUUAUUGUAUUGUGACAAUUGGGGUAAACAAAUGAGUUUUGUAAUUGGAUUUGGUGAUAAAUAUAUAAUUGAUUUAAGUGAAAAGUAUAUCACAAAAGAAAAACAGAUCAAUAAAAGUACAAUAACUGAUGUGAAUAAGGUUAAACAAGUUAUCAACUAUUAUAAUACUUUGAAACAAUUAAAUUAUCAAAAACAAUUUGAAGGUGAUGAUGAAUCAUUAAUGAGAGUAUAUUAUGAUAUAAUAGUACCUUACAAUCAAGAAUUAAAACAUGUCGAACCUACUAAAACUAAUAAUCUACCUAUUGGUAGACAAACUGGUUCUAUAGAAUGGUUAAAAUCAAGAGGUGAAAGUGGAUAA